AUGGAGGACAACCAACGGUAAGAAAUACGGAAACACGAAACACGAAACACGAAACCUUCCAGAUCCAAUCUAUUAAACAAGUCAACUACUCGGUCUCGCUCUCUCUCUCAAUCCUCAAAACCUUUCUUCCUUCGCAAACACACUUCAUUCACACUUGUCAGUUGUCACCAUAACUAACAGCUGCAUAUUUCUCUGCUGACCAGAAAACACACAAACACUCUCUUUUAAAUUACCGAACCACCCCUCCCCCCUUUCCUUUUUAGAACUCUCCCUCCCCAUGGACAACAUUAACUCUCGCUCUGAGGUUUCCGACGGCGGCGCUAGGUACAAGCUGAUUUCGCCGGCCAAGCUUCCGAUCUCGAGGUCGGCUUGCACCAUGAUCUCUCCUGGACUCAGCUCGACCUCGUUUCUUGAGUCUCCAGUUCUUCUCUCGAAUGUUAAGGCAGAGCCUUCCCCCACUACUGGCACAUUUACUAAUCCUCAAACUGUGCUUGGUUCUCUUAGCUCCACGUCAUAUUCAGCUAUUACUGUUUCCUCCACCACCUUUGGAGAAAGAAAAUCCAACCGCUUUGAGUUUAGACCACAUGCUAGGUCAGAUAUGGUUUCUGCAGAUAUGAACCAUCAGAGAAGUGCACAAUGUGUUAAAGUCCAAAGCCAAUGCCAGUCUCAAUCAUUUGUAUCAUCACCCUCAAUAAAAGGUGAGAUGGCAGUCUGCACAAAUGAGUUGACUCUAUCAACACCACUUCACAUGGUUACUUCAGGUUCUAGUGUUCCUGCUGAAGUUGAUUUAGAUGAACUAAACCAAAUGGGGCUCUCUAGCAGUGGGCUUCGCGCAUUACAGUCUGAUAAUAAAACAGGAAGUGCACCUACAGUGUCAUCUGAUGAUGGAUAUAGCUGGAGAAAAUAUGGACAGAAACACGUUAAAGGAAGUGAGUUCCCACGCAGCUAUUACAAAUGCACGCAUCCUAACUGUGAAGUGAAAAAGUUAUUUGAGUCCUCUCAUGAUGGACAAAUAACAGAGAUUAUUUACAAGGGUACACACGAUCAUCCUAAACCUCAGCCAAGCCGCCGAUAUGCCUCUGGCUCUUGUUUGUUCAUGCAGGAAGAAAGAUUUGACAAGUUUUCUUCUCUACCCAUUCAAGAUGACAAGUCACCUGGUGCAUAUGGACAGGUGUCUCAUGCUAUCGAACAAGAUGGUGCCCCUGAACUGUCUCCUGGCACAACAAAUGAUGAUACUGGAGAGUGUGCUGAGGAUGACAAAGAUCCCGUCUCAAAAAGAAGGAGGUUGGAUGCUGGAGGUUUUGAUGUUGCUCCAGUGAUCAAACCUAUUCGAGAACCACGUGUUGUUGUGCAAACUCUGAGCGAGGUUGAUAUACUGGAUGAUGGGUAUAGGUGGCGCAAAUAUGGCCAGAAAGUGGUGAGAGGAAAUCCUAAUCCAAGGAGUUACUACAAAUGCACAAAUGCUGGAUGCCCUGUUAGAAAGCAUGUGGAGAGGGCGUCACAUGAUCCAAAAGCAGUUAUAACUACAUAUGAGGGGAAACACAAUCAUGAUGUACCUACAGCUAGGACAAACAGUCAUGACACAGGACCAUCAGCUGUGAAUGGAACCUCAAGGACGAGACCAGAUAAAAAUGAGACAAUUAGCCUUGAUCUUGGGGUCGGGAUCAGUUCUAGAUCUGAAAACUUGUCCAGCGAUCAGCAACAAGCUUUGCAUGCUGAACUUGUCAGAUUCGAAAACCAAGCAAGUAGUGGUUCCAGUUUCAGAAUAGUUCAUGCGAGCCCAAUUGCGGCUUACUAUGGUGUUUUAAAUGGUGGCAUGAAUCAGUAUGGAUCUAGACAAAUUCCGAGUGAAGGCCGUAGCAUUGAAAUUCCACCUUUAAACCGUUCUUCGUAUCCAUAUCCGCAGAACGUGGGAAGUUUAUUAACGGGUCCAUAAGUUUGUCUACUUUGUUUAAAUUUGUCUCUUGCCUUCUAGCUGGUAAAUAACAGAAAGGUUAGAAACUGAAUUUAAAAAUUAUGUAUUGCUCUCUAUAUAUUCUUGCUGAUGGUCUUAGAGCU